CGAUCGACAAAUAAUUGUGUAACUGUGUACGAAAAAUGGAUAAAUUUACUCCCAUUUUGAGUAAAUUUUAAAAAACAAACUUUUUUCCUUUCCCUCUUUUUUUCUUUCUUCAUUAAAUAUGGCAUGUUCAAAAAUAUGUUCAGGAAAUUUAGUUGAAUUAGCGGAAGAAAUUAUUCAAUAUUUGAGAGACGAUAUAUCGUCAUUAUAUUCAUGUAUUUUAGUUAAUAGAUUAUGGUGUCGUAUAGCAAUUCCAUUAUUAUGGGAAGAUCCAUUUUCGGUUCCUACACAAAAAUUUGAUUUUAUUAAAAUUUUAUUACGUAGUUUAAAUGAUGAAGAUAAAACAAGAUUAAUUGUAAAAUAUGGAUUUAAUAAUAAUGAAUUUUCCCCUAAAACAUUAUUUAAUUACCCUGGUUUUAUUAAACGUUUAAAUACACAAAACAUUAGAUUUUGUAUUGAAAAUUGGGUUCCAAAUUUAACAAAUAAUUUUGCAAAUUCAGCAAAUUUAUUUUAUUGGUUAUUAUUUAAAACUUUUAUUAAAAAUGAAAUAAAUUUAAAUUCUUUUGAAAUAGUAAUGCUCAUAAGUAGAGAUCAUAAAUAUUUUAAUGAAGUAUUUGAUUUAAUAUUAAAAAAUCCGAAAUUUAUUUAUAAUAUUAAAAAUUUAAUACUUCAUCUUAACUUACUUCCAGGUGUAAUGAAUAUCGUUCCUUUUUUAAAUUUUUUAAUUUCUAAUUGUAAUUCAAUUUCAACAAUUUAUUUUAAAAUUAAUAGAUGUUUUAUUUCAUCAAUUGAAAAAUAUUUAUCAGAAAUUAUUCUUUCACAAAAAAAUCUUUUAAAAAUUUCAUUUGAAUAUAAAACUCUUACUUUAUAUGAUUCAUUAUUAUUAACAUUGAAAAAUCAAAAUUGUUCAAACACUUUAAAUACAAUUAUAUUUUAUUGUAUUGAUUUUGAAAAUAUAAUUGAUAAUUUAAAAGUAAUUAAUAAUUUGAAUGUUUUAGAUACAAUUCAUAUUCUUUAUUGUCAUUCUUUAAAUUCUAAUUUCAUUCAACAAAUAAUUAGUAUUACCAAGUCAUUUAAAUUGAAAUCUUUAUUUAUGAGUAAAAUAUUACAAAUAGAUUCAUUACAAUUAUUAUUACAAAAAUUUGGUAAUUAUUUAGAAAAUUUUGGAUUUGAAUUUGGAGAUGAUGAAUAUAGUGAACCAAAACGUCAAUUACUUGAAUUGGUCGUAAAAUAUUGUACAAAAAUUAAAUAUUUUGAUUUGGCAGGACCUGAUGAUAAUAAUAUUAAUCCAACAUUUAAUUUAAUUAAGAAUAAUAUGCAAAAUCUUAAUCAUCUUUUUAUAGAAUUUGAUCUUGAAUUUGAUGAUUAUAAUUUAAGUGAUGAUGUUAUUAAAAUUAGUUCAAUUAUAUUACAAAAUUUAGGUCAAAUCCUUCCUUCUAGAUUAGAAUAUUUAUGUUUGGAACUUAGUUUUAAUAUGAAUGAUUUGGAAAUAUUUUUAAAUAAUUCUCAGAAUACUUUUAUUAAAAAAUUAUUAAUUAAAAAUAUAGUACAAGAUGGAAAUGAUAAUCAUAUUUUAUCUUUUAUAAAAGAUUUUAUAAAGAAAAAGAAUAUGGUUAAAUAUUUGGCUUUUUCAGAAUUUUUGGAUGAUAAUUAUAAUGAUUUGUUUUCUUUAAAAGAUGAAGUAAAUGAAUUUAAAUCAUAUAAUAUAGAAGUUCAAAAGUAUAGUGAUUUAUAUAUUCGUACUUAUGAUUUUGUAAAUAAUUAA